AGUUGCUGUUUGAAUCUUGAACCGAUCAGCAGCCAUGGCUAUGCUCAGAGUCUCUUCUUAUCGCAAGCUGUUUGAGGACGACAGGUGGAGCCCAAAUGGAGGAAGGCUGCAGCGUGCAGGACGGUACCGUGCCUCUACCAGGAGUGAAGCUGUAGAGAAGUGUGGCUGUGAUACAAUAGACUUCAUAGCAGCAAAAGCUCUGAACAGAGAAGGUCUGGACCGGUUUGCACAGGAGCGGACCACCAUCGCUGCCCUUAAUGACCGGCUGGUCAAACUAAUUGAGUUGGCCCGUUGUUUGGAGGAGGAGAAUGACUCACUUGAAUGCCAAAUCACUGACCUGAAGGACAAUCGUAAUGGUCAACACAUCUCCCCCAGCAUCAGCUCCACUUUAGUGAAGCCUGAAUACAGUUUGGAAGCAGCUGCAGAAAGACUCUGCAAGCAGAGGGAUGAGAUCAUUUGUGACACAGAGGAACUGAAAGAAGAACUUAAAUCUCUACAAAAAGAUUACGAAAAGGCUGCACAUCAGCGGCUCCUUGUCCAACAGCGACAACAAGAUGUUGCAGAGGUGGUAGAUGCUGUCACAGCAGAGUGCCUGGCGCUGAGGGAGCAAGUGGCAGUCUAUGAGGAACAGCUGGCCAAUAUGGAGGCCCAGCAUAAGACGGAAGUGCAGAGCCUGCUGCAGCCAGAUGAAAGGACUCUGGCUGCAGCUGCGAUUAGGUUUGGCAGCCCUGACAUCACCAGAGCCUUGGAUGUAAAGGAGUACCACUGCCAGCUGGCACAGAGCCUCCAGCUGGGGUUCAGAGCAUCCUCCUCUGGUAAAGAUGAUGGACAGUCGCUGGAAGCGGGAGGAACAGAUUGGCCAGUGGUCAAAGAUACAACAGACAUAACUGAUGUGGAUGAGAUUAAGACUUUGAUUUCAGAGCUAAAGAAGGAGCUAGAUGAUCUUGAGAAGAGAAAGGAGGACCUGCUGGAUGAAGUUGAGGUGAAGAAGGCAACUUACACAGAAGAGACGGCAGAGUUAGAGUUUGCUAUAACAGAAAUGAAGCAGCAGGAGGCUGACUUAAAAUCCCAGAUAAAAGAGCAGUGUGAGGAAUACAAGGAGCUGCUCACUGAGAAAAUGGCAAGAGACAUGGAGAUCGCAGCCUACAGGAGUCUGAUGGAGGAAGAGGAGGGGAGACUGUGCAGCCUGUGACUUGGAAUGAUCCAAUGGAUUAUUUGGUGGAUUCUCCCCUGACAUGCAUUUAAAAACAGACCCCAAAACAUGAAAUACAGACC